AUGAUGUUCCAGCUAUUUCUCGCUAUUACUACUCUGAUAUCCUCAACAACCUGCAAUGAGAUCAGUGAAACAUUCGAGAGAGGGUUCGGGUUCAACCACCAUUCUCUCAAGACCACUCCAACCAACACUAAAGUUCCUAAACAUCUUCAAGAUUUGAUCAAUAACCCUAACCCAAGAUCUAACCGAAUAGUCAGCACUAAAGCUACUUCAAUGAAGAUUUCUAAACAUAAAAUUAGUGUCUCCUACACCCUCUCUAAAGACAGUCACCGUCAUGGUACUCUCAAAGACGUAGAACUAAUAGUUUACCUGAAACCUUCCACUGAGAUCUCGACUCUGAAGAUAACAGUUUUGGGAACAGAGCAAAAGUUUAAUGUCUCCUCACGAUCAGGGGAACCUACAGCUCUGCCUCUGAAGAUUAAAAACAAGCUUGUUGCCUCGCUACAAACCCUCGAUAUUGUGAUCAGUGCUGAGCGGACUCUGCUGAAUUCCCACGGUAUAGAAGUUACUUCAACUCUGCAAAUUAACAAGAUAAUUAACCUCAAAGAGAAACCUCAUCUCACCCUCCUUUACAAGAACCAGGAGAUCCUUCAACCCUCAGCUAAGAUCGCUAGAAGACACUUUCUCCAGAUGUUUGGUGAGACCCACCACUUGGAACGAAGAUCCGCAUCUCCCCACUGUAGAGUCCAGGACCUGAUGGUAAACUUCAACAAGAUCGGACUCAACUCUGUGGUGUACCCUCUGGACUUUAAUGCUCACAUCUGCUCGGGAGAGUGUCAUAUUGACCACGAGGAGACCCCAAUGACCAACCACGCCCUCAUUCAGAAUAUGUUGUAUCAGAGCGGAGGGGAGGUACAGGGAGCUUCCUGUGUAUCAGACCAAACUAAACCUCUAAGUGUUCUGAUUGCUGUGGGACAACACUUCCAUCUUACUGUGUACGAAGACAUGGUGGUCGAGUCUUGUAGCUGUAGAUAA